AUGGACUGGGAGUCUAACCACGAGUUUGGCGACGAGGGCGAAAUAGAAAGCUGCAAACCCGAGGCGAAUGCGUUGGAACUUUCGCACAGAAUCGUUCUUCGUGGGCUGAACAUACACCAAGUCCCACUCUACUUCAACGAUCUAGAACUGGACAUCCACUUUGAUGUUCAGUGGCAGAGCAAGAACUCAGUUACGCUUGUAUUCGAAACGACGGAGAAUGCAGCUAAGGCAUUCAGCCUUCUCUCCUCGGACGCGGGCUGCAAGUACGCUUUGCUGAUUCCGAUGAUCGGAGAUCAACUGACCGGAUUCGCUGGCCCGGUGGUCGGACAAGGGACUUGUACCAUCAAGGUAGGCAUGAUGGGUUUGAAAGAGGGCUGGGUGGUCGCGGUGGCCGGGGUCGAGGCCGAGGGGGGCAUGGUAGAGGACGCCAGCUUUGAUGCUGCUGCUUCCGAGAUACGACAGCUAUGGACAAUGCAAGAGGAGCAGCGCUUCUUGCCUCGACCUGUCGCCUGCCUCGCCCUCGUCGAGAAAAUUGAGCUGGUCGAGGAGCACGCGGGGAUUACAUACGUGCGCAAGAACGGGCAGUUUAUUGAAGAUUAG